AUGGCUGGCAUAGGUGGAGGCUCUAACUACAACCCUGGCGGGGAGUCAGAUUUCACCACGCAGAACCCAUGGGGAUCGGAGCACACUACGACAGCAGAGUAUUAUCCCGGAGAAACCACCAGGACAACCACCCAGCAAUGGACUCCGAUCACCACUAGUGAGUCAAGCUCACAACCCAUCACUACCACCGCAACUGCAACCCAUUCAUCCUUAACCUCCUCGAGUACCUCCACUACCGCUGUCAAAAGCACCAGCAGCUCCGGCAGUUCUAGCAGCAACACCCAAACCAUCGCUAUCGCGGUUCCCAUUGCAGUCGUUGGCGCAGCGAUCAUCGCAGCCCUACUAUUCUUCAUUCUAAGACGCAGGCGUCAAAAACGCAACCGUUCCACCAUACCCCAGACCAACAACAAUCCACCCCCAGUCAGCAUGGGCGCAGUUCCUCGCCAAGUACGAUCACCUCCACAACAACAACGACCACAGCAAGCAGCAAACGGCACAACAUGGGAAUUUGCGCCCACAAAUUCACAUGACAUCCCCUUCACAGGUCCCAUCCCAGGUCGCCCUGUCCCGCAAGAACCCGAGCAUAUCAAUCCUACCAACAAUUAUCCCCGCGACUUUAGCCCACCAAGUACGAAUAACCACAACUUUCAUACCGCUGCUACCGCUGCUGCCGAUGCUGCAGCAGGAGCAGGAGUUGCAGCAGCAGCAGAAGUCCCCAGCAGAGACAACAACAACCCCGAGAGAAGCCCCCAGCCCACUAUGCCAGCUGCCUGGCCCUCCCCCGAAGCAAGACUUGACCGUCCAAUAUCGCCCUUUGAUCAUCCACUCGACGACGCAGUAUCUGAGAUAUCGCGUCGAUCAUAUACCCAUGCUAGGGACAUGGAUGAUGUUUCGUCUGUAUCGUCAUUUGAAGAUGAUGAGCGAAGGCCGGCUAUGCGUCAUUGA